AAGAGCAAUGUAUAAGUAUUAUUAGUUGUGAAAAUGUAUCCAGAUGAAGGUGUUUCGUUGUUUAUUUUAUGCACAGUAAAUGAAUCACUAGAAUAAGGAACAGAACAGGGUAAAAUAUCUACAGGAUACGGUUUGACGGAACUAUCAAGCAGCCAUGUAUUAUCCUCAAGUUAACAGGAGAGCACCGCGAACCGGUCACGAGUUCCUUACUGGGCAGAUGAAUAUAAGGAUCAGAAUGAUGCAGCUUUGGCGGAGGCAGCGCGCCCUCCCAAGACUCUUUGCCAUUCUGGGGCCUUGUUUUAUCUUGUUUUUGCUCACCAAACAUUUUAACCAUACAGUUAUACAGACACAGCUGAUGGACACGGAUGUAGAUAUGGAUCAAAUGCCAUUUCCUCCAACAGCAAGCCUCCCAGCAGCUGCUUCACAGGUCGGUACUGUUAAAAAAAACAAUGUAAGUCGACCCAAACUUCAGAAAUAUGCUCCCCAAUCUCGAGGUUGGCUGAAAUGCACUUUUGAGGACGAGGACCUGCCUCAGCCAGUGCCCAUUCCAGAGAGACCAAAUGGGGAGAAAUUGAUUCUGCUUUUCAAUCACAAAUGUAGACAUUACUAUAGCGAAGAACAUGACAUCAAAACAGUUUUUCAAGGUUGUCCCGUGAAGAACUGUAUAGCUACGGAAGAGAAAUGGUUGGCACCAAAAAGUGAUGCUGUAAUUCUUCUAGCCCCAGCAUUUGUUCGAUAUUUUAAUUUCCCUCUUCAUGCUCCAGUAGCCCGAGAUAGACUGCCAAAAGUAAGACCCGCGGAACAACGUUGGAUAUUUUACACAAGGGAAUCUCCUUGUCAGAGCCAUUUUCCCAAAACAAAAGAAGCAAGGGAUUUCCUUGGCCUUUUCAAUUGGACGAUGACGUUCAGGACCGAUUCCGACAUACCUCGGCCGUUUGGCGUACCUGUAAAGAGAACUGUGCCUCAGAAUAAAGACUACUUGUCGAAAGCAAAAUCCAAGCAGAAGAUGGUGGCUUGGGCGGUAAGUCAUUGCGAAACCUGGAGCCGCCGAGAAGACUAUGUUAAAGAACUCCAAAAGUAUAUUCCAGUCGACAUAUUUGGUCAGUGCGGAGAAGAGUGCGGUAACAACGACAAAUGUUUCGGAAAUAUUGAUGCAAACUAUAAAUUUUACCUGGCGUUUGAGAACAGUUUUUCCACUGAUUACGUGACUGAAAAGUGGUACCGUAGCGUAUUGUAUGACACAGUGAUUAUUAGCCGCGGGGGUGCCGACUACUCACGGCUAGGGAUCAAACCGGAAUGGCACAUCAACACAGCGGACUUUAAGUCUCCAAAAGAACUUGCUGAAUAUUUGUUAAUGUUAGAUAAAGACCCCGAGAAAUACGUGAGCUAUUUGAACUGGCGGAACGAGUACACGUUCGAGGAGCCAACCGGCAUUGACUGGUGCGAGCUGUGCAGAAAACUGAACGACCCAAAUGAACCCCCCAAAAUAUACUCCUCCGAUGACAUGUUGAACUGGUUUUAUGGUUCAACUACCGAUAAAACAGAUUGUAGAUUACCCACUGAUUUGAACUUUUAAAGAGAAAUGCAUAAAACUCAAAUUUUAUUCCAUGAAAAAUUACUUGGACUUAAAAGGAGUUCAGGAGAUCUGUUUUCCGUUUGA